CUUUUAGUUUUUACUUCUUGUUAUAAUUAUCUGUGUACCCCGAGCCAUGAGCAUUAGUUUAGCGAUUUUUCAUUUUUUUCUAAUACAGCUAAAUAAAGUUAAUAGUUAUGUAGAACUUCUACAUUGUACGAUAAUGUUUUGAAACUGCUAGUGAAAAUAUUCAAGUUUUUUCUGACAGACCGUCCAUAGUAGUAAUGAAGUAACGAAGUAUCAAGAUUCGCCUAAACUUAUGAGCAACAAGUGAAUACUUGUAGUGUUACUCAAUAAUAAAAAUAUGGAAAAUAAAACUGAAGAGAACAUUAUUAAAAACAACAAAAAUACGGAAAGUGAUGAAAAGAAGCAAAAAUUAUAUUUGAGUGACAAAUUUAUUGAUUCUCAAAAAAAUAACUUGAACAUUAAAAAUAUCCCUGAAAUAAACGCAAGUACAUUUAUAUCAAAUAAUGAGAAUGCCACUGUAGCUAUUUCAAAAUCAAGCUCUACUCCAAUUUUAAGUGUUGAUAAUAAUAUUGAAAAUCUGACUUGCAUUUCUACAAUGUAUUCAAAUUCUGUGCUAGAUGACAAUGCUUCUAAAAUUAAUUUAAAUUCCAAUAAGGUGACACCAUGUAAUACUAUCAGUUCAAAUUCAGUUUUGAAAAAAAAUGCAAAAUCUGAGAUUGAAUCCAAAAUAAACGUUAUUGUAAAAUCUAAAGAAACUUCAAAUCAAACCUCUCUUGCAAAUUUGCAUUCAGAAAAUAAUUUCAAUUCCAAUAAUGUGACUCCAUGUAAUACUAUCAGUUCAAAUUCAGUUUUGAUCGAAAAUAAUGCGAAAUCUGAGAUUGAAUCCAAAAUGAACUUUAUUGAAAAAUUUGAAGAAACUUCAAAUCAAACUGCUUUUACUUUGCAUUCAGAAAAUAAUUUAAAUUCCAAUGAUGUGACUCCAUGUAUUACUAUCAGUGCAAAUUCACUUUUGAUUGAAAAAAAUGUAAAAUCUGAGAUUGAUAUUAGAGUGAUUGAAAAAUCUGAAGAAAUUUCUAAUCCAGCCGCUCUUACAUGUUUAAAUUCACCAAGUUUAGAAAACAUUGACAAAAAGCAAAAAGAAUUGCAAAUAACAAAUUUUAAGCAGUUUUCGAAUUGCGGAGAUAAUAAAAAUGUUCGCUGCACACUUUGUCACUGUAUAAUACGUCUUGAAAAAUCAUUACUUGAUCAACAUGUGACCAGUUGUAAUAAACAACAAAUCCAGUCGUCAUAUGGUAUUAAUGCUUUUUUUUGUCUAAUUUGUGAAACAAACUUUAAAUCUCCAUCAAACUGGAAAACACACAUUAUUACUCCUGCUCAUAUUGAGAAGUGUAAAAAUGGUAAAUAUAUUUUCUCAUACAACUGUGGCGGUUGCAAAGCUAUGUUUUAUGGACCGAAAGAUCAAAUUUUAGAACAUUGUCAAACUGUCCAUAACGAUAAGUCAUCUCUACCAUGUAUUUUCAAAUUAAUAAGCUUAAUAUUUUUUCAAUAUAUUAACAUUAAUCCAGGAAAUUCAAAGUUGUGGAAAUUUUGUGGACCGUGCAAAACAUUUUCUGAUAAUAAAUUGAACUGUUUACCUUACAAACAUCGUAACAAAAGAACUAAAGUUUUCGAAUGCAAGUCUUGCUUAAUAGAGUUUCAAUGUAGUCAAGAAGUAUAUGAUAAACAUCUUCUGUCAGGUGAACAUAUUGUGCUACAACACUUAAGAACAACAACUACUUCAAAAUCGACACCACACAGUAUUUGUAAUUUAAAAUUACCCAAAUUAAUUUUAAACAAAUUUUCGGUGGAUUCAUAUAAAGCAAUAUGUAAUGCUUGCAAGUCUAAUAUCAGUCUGGAUGAAAAAUCUUUAGUUAUUCAUUUAUCAAAAUGCAUGUUGAAACAAGAUACAACUGACCAAAACUUAACGAAAAUUAAUCAGUUUUAUUGCGCUGUUUGUCACGAAGAUAUUUCAGAUUUUAUUAAGUGGACAAAUCAUCUGAUUACGCCUAAUCAUAUUCUAAAAUGUCAAACAUUUAAUAAUUUAGUAUCUUAUACUUGUGACUCUUGUGCUAAACAUUGUUUUGGCAGUGAACAUUUUGUUACAGAACAUCAAAAACUUCAUCCAAAUACACAUGAAGUCAAGUUUUCCAAUUUUAAAGCUCACAAUUUUCAACGUAUUGGUGAUAAUUUAAACUGCAAAGAAUUGUACUAUUGUGAACUAUGUGCAACCCACGCACAAGUAACUUCUGGUUCAGAUCACAUGAGUAAAAGUCAUAAAACGAGGUUACACCGUGUAACAUGUGACACUUGCCGCAUACAUUUAUUGUGUGUUGAAGGAAAUAAACUGUAUAAUCAACAUUUAUUAUCAAGCGAGCAUAUUAUGUUGAAGUAUUUAGCUUCGGCUAAAUUGUCUGAACCUAAAAUUUCAUCUCUGUUGUCAUCUAAUCUAAAUACAAGCAUUGAUUCAAAGAAAUCUACAGAAUAUAAGUAUUUAGAAAUGAUGAUAAAAACAAAAAUUCCGUUAUUUUUUAAAUCGUUUUUGAAUUGGUUUUCGUACAUUGAAGAUCAAAAUAAAGCUAAAUGUUUAGUUUGUAACAUAUUAAUCAAUAUAGAUGAUAACGAUCUCAUUAGUCACGUGUUAUUUUGUAAUAAAACAUUUGCGGAAAAAUUUGAUAAAACCAUGACUAAAAAAUAUGUUUGUUUUAAUUGCUCUUAUAACUGCAAUGUUUAUGACGAAUGGAAAUCACAUGCUAUUUCACAUGGUAAUAAAGACAAUACUGGUUUGAAUUCGAUUUUUUGUAAACAUUGCUGUUCACUUCUGUAUGGAAAGGAACGACAGAUAUUUCAACAUUUGAAAAAUGAACAUAACCUGGAUUUGGGAAAAAUGCCACUAGAAUCAACAUUUAUAUCCGAAUUAUUUUCCAAGAGAACUGAUAUCAAGAAUGAAAAUUUUGAUGUUUUAUACUUUUGUGAACCUUGCAAGAAAUAUUUUAAAGUCGAAAAAAAUCAAGUUCAUUUUAAUGCAAAUAGUCAUAUAUCGGUAGCCUUAGACAGUACUGAAUUGUUUUAUUGUACUAGUUGUAAAAUUGAAUUCAGUUGUUCAGUUGCAAUGUUUCACACCCACAAGUUAACAGUUGAACAUAUUGUGCUGAGCUUAAGCCAUGAAUCAAAUGAAACUGAGGAGAAUAUUCCAAAACACACGGCGUUGGAUUUCCAUUUGCUUACUUAUGUCAUUAAUCAAAAAUUGUAUGAGGAAACCUUAAACAUCGGUUUUUUUUGUUUUCUCUGUAACUAUUUGUGUAAUACAUUAGGCCAAUGGAAAAUACAUAUAUGUAGUAAAAAUCAUAUUAAUCAUUCAAAAGGUCCAAACUUGGAUCAUCGUUGUAAAAUUUGUAAAACACUUAUGUUUGGCCAAAGAACCCAAAUAUUUGAACACUAUAAAAAUCAAUUUCAUUCGAAAUUAAGGCAGUAUAAAUUAAGUUUCAACAAAACUGAUAUUUCAUCAAAACAGUCAAAUAAUGAAGUAGCAACAAGUAAUAAAACAAAAGAAAUUUCAACUAACGAGCAAAAUACACUACUCUUAAUUUCAAAAAUGAUGAAUGAACUCUCUAUUCAAUCAAAUACGUCAAAUUUCAGUAUUUAUUUUAAAAUGAGAUCCAAAAUGAUGUACGAAAUGAGUAAUAAGAAAAAUAUAAAUAAAACACAAAUAGUUUACUUUUGUGCACUUUGUGAUUUUAUUACUGGAGAAGAAAUUCAAUGGGAUAAUCAUAAGAAAUCUGAACAUUCUAAUACUGUAUCAAACAUACAUAACGUAUUAUGCGAUGUAUGCCGUUUAUACAUUUUUGGACCGGAUAAUAAUUUAGAACACCAUGUUAUUACUAUAGAACAUAAAUUAAUGGUUGAAUUCCAAAAAUUAGAAAGUAAUAAGAUGGAAACUACGAGAACCGCUGUUAAACUUGUAAAUAAUAAAUCUAUAAAUGACACUAAAAAUAAAGAAGAAAAACAACAAUUUAAUACGAAAAAAGAAGAAAAUGAAGAUACGAGGAAUCGAAGAAUCUAUAUUGAAAUUAAAGGGGCUAAACCAGAACAUAAAAAAAAUAAUUGGGUAGACCUUAAGAAAGUCUUUCAGCCGUUUGGCUAUUUUGGAAUCUUCUCAAACAACAAUACUAUUAAGAUAUUUUUCCGGAGGCUUUCUUCCAUUAGCCGUGUGUUAGAGGAGAAAGAAAAUUUAGAAAAAAAACAUCAAUUCACAAUCAAUGUUCUAGAUGAUGAAGAGUUAAUGCCAGAUCUGAAUAAACUAACAGAAUAUGAAUUUGGAAACAAAAUUGUUAUCAUGAAGUUAAUUGAAGCCCAACUAGAUGAGAUCACAUAUGAAAUAACUAAUCCCAGUAUACCCAACAAAUUAAUCUUAUUAAUAAAUUCGAUACAUCGUUGUGCUGGUCCUACCUUCCUUUAUGGAAAAACUUACGCUUUUGGGUCGCGUAUGUCCGGUCUAGCACUCAGGGAUAGUGAUGUUGAUUUGUACUUCGAUAUUGGAAACACUUUUACCGGUUUAUUGAGUAAUGACCCAGCUACCCAAGAAGACCUCGUUCGAUAUUUUGGCAAAGUAUUUCGAUCCCAAACCAAAGAAUUCAGACAUAUACAGACAAUAUGUGCAGCUCGAGUACCAAUUGUUAAAUUUUUGCAUGUCCCAUCAGGUUUGCAUUGCGACUUAUCUUUUAAGAGUGGACUUAGUACUCACAAUACUAAACUAGUCAGAUUGUAUCUUAUGUUGGAUAAACGUGUCCACUGGGUUGUUUGUGCUGUUGUUAAACGUUGGGCAUUACAAAACAAUCUCAAAAAUCAAGGCAUGUUCACUAGCUAUGCAUUAGCCUGGCUAGUUCUGUUUUAUUUAAUGACCAUUAAUGUAGUGCCGCCAUUGAAAUAUCUCAGAGAUUACGCUACUGUUUCGGACAUCAUGUUUAUUGAAGAUUGGGAUUGCACAUUUUGUACACCCGAAAUGGCCAAGCAAAUAUGGAAGGUACCUGAAAUUCCUCCUUGGGAGUUGUUAAAUGGUUUUUUUUCUUAUUAUUCAAAUCCAAUCACUCUUAAAAAGUUAGUUUUAUGUCCUGCAAUUGGCGAAACUAUACCUAAAGAUAUGUUCUUUAAUAUUCCAAUGAACGCCAAAGACAUACUGGGCUUUCAUAAAAAGAAAACUGGCGAUCCUACACAACGAUGUAAUGAAAUACGUGGCAACUUUUUCGGAGAAGGCCUUGCAGUACAGGAUCCUUUUGAUUUAUUUCAUAAUAUAACAAAAACUAUAUCACUGAAAAAGUUAAACAUAUUUUGUCAUUUAUGCAGCAAGACCAAAGAAAUAAUGUCUAACGGAGUUCAAUUUUAUUAUGCUUAGAGUUCGAAAAUACAAUGACUAUCACAACGACAAUUUCAUCUUAUGAAGUUUUUUAUGCUCUCUGUAAUUGUAUAACACAAGCUUUAUACACUUUUAAAUUAAUAUAAUUACAGACGGUUAAAAAUUUAAAAGACGAGUGAAAUGUUACAUUAUCACUAUAUUAUAAAAUUGAAUAAACAAUACAACUAUUAUUCCCA